GCUGCCGCUACUCGACACCAGCUCAUAGAGAAACUGCAAGCACUGCAGAAGCUGAGCUAUAAGUACAAGCAACAGGCCGAGGAACGGCAGCUACAGCUACAGUCUUUGGGUGCGGAGACCCGCGAUAGCCUAAACAACGCUGUCAGCAACGAACUCAGUGUGCUACGCGAG